AUGUGGCGUGUAGGCAUAGCACUUAUCGCUAAUUUAACAACAAUAUCGUCCCAAAUAAACGUAGCCAAGCCUACAAGUGCGUUACGAUUGUUAAAUUCCGGAGCGUACUGCCGUCGUAUACUCUCUGUGGACGUUGCUCGCGUAGCACCACGACACAUGUCAAGUCAACCGAAGAGACUCCGCACUGAAAACAUGAGCAAAACGAUCGGAACCCACAACGGCACCUUUCACUGUGACGAAGUUCUCGCCUGUUUCUUCCUCCGCCAGCUACCUGAGUACAAGGAUGCCAAGAUCAUUCGGACCAGGGACCCGGCACAGCUUGCAGAGUGUGACAUCGUUGUAGAUGUGGGAGGAGAGUUUGACCCAAAGAGGCAUCGCUAUGACCAUCACCAGAGGACCUUUGCAGAGAGCUUUCACAGCCUGUGUCCAGAAAAGCAAUGGGUGACCAAGCUCAGCUCAGCAGGCCUGGUCUACGUACACUUUGGUCAUCAGCUGCUGGCUCAACUGACGCAGUUUAAAGAGGGCGACAAGGAGCUGGAGGUGCUCUAUGACAAGCUGUAUGAGAACUUUGUGGAGGAGGUGGAUGCUGUAGACAACGGCAUUUCACAAUGUGACGGGGAGGCCCGCUACGCCAUCUCCACCAUGCUGAGUGCACGUGUCGGCCACCUGAACCCACGCUGGAACAGCAAGAGUCAGGACACUGAGGAGGGUUUCAGAAAGGCUCUAAAGAUGGUUGGGGACGAGUUCCUGGACCGUCUGGAGUACUACCAGUCCUCCUGGUUGCCGGCCCGCGCGGUGGUGGAGGAAGCCGUUAAGGGAAGGCAUCAGGUAGAUCCCAGUGGGGAGGUGGUGGUGUUCUCCCAGGGAGGGUGUCCCUGGAAGGAGCAUCUGUUUGCCCUGGAGAAGGAGCUCAAGGUGGAGGUGCCCAUCAAGUUUGUCCUUUACCCCGACCAGAAUGGACAGUGGAGGGUCCAGUGUGUCCCCGCUGGGCUCAACACUUUCCAGAACAGGCUGUCCUUGCUAGAAGAGUGGCGUGGCGUUCGCGAUGAAGCGCUGUCGAAGCUCAGCGGGAUCGAGGGCUGCAUCUUCGUCCACGCUGGAGGCUUUAUUGGCGGGAACAAGAACCAGGAAGGAGCCCUGGAGAUGGCCCGGAGGACCCUGCAGGCCGCUGCCCAUUCCCCUGCAAACGGAAGCAGCUGAAGGCUCGGCGAGGAAAGCCAACAGCACAUUUUGUCCUGGGGUCAGUCUUUAGAGAGGAUAGCAAGGAUUAAAAUGUUAGGUUGCUGUCUUGCAGCUUGUUCAUCCCAGUCAGGGCUAAUGUUGGAGAUGGUCUGAAAUUAUCACGUUUUGAUUAUUUUUCUUCUCUCUGUUUGUAUACACGUGGAUCUGUUUUGUUGUUCAUUUGCAAUAAAAGAAUAUUUGGAUUACA